ACAUCAAAGAUGUCCUUUGGAAGAGAUAUGGAGCUGGAACACUUUGAUGAGCGUGAUAAAGCACAGCGAUAUGGCAGAGGGUCACGGGUAAAUGGUCUGCCUAGCCCUACCCACAGUGCCCACUGCAGCUUUUACCGAACCCGCACUCUACAAACGCUCAGUUCUGAGAAAAAAGCCAAGAAAGUUCGUUUCUAUCGCAACGGAGACCGGUAUUUUAAAGGGAUUGUCUAUGCCAUCUCCCCCGACCGGUUUAGAUCUUUUGAGGCCCUGUUGGCUGAUCUGACCCGAACUCUGUCUGAUAAUGUGAAUCUGCCCCAGGGAGUGAGAACAAUCUACACCAUUGAUGGUGCCAAGAAGAUUUCCACUUUGGACCAGCUAGUGGAAGGGGAGAGCUAUGUGUGUGGUUCAAUAGAACCUUUCAAAAAACUGGAGUACACGAAGAAUGUAAACCCAAAUUGGUCAGUGAAUGUUAAGACAACAUCCACUUCCCGUACGAUGCCGUCUCUUGCCGCUGCCAAAGGAAGUCCUUCAGAUGCAAGAGAGAAUAAAGAUUUCAUUAGGCCUAAACUGGUCACCAUCAUCAGGAGUGGUGUGAAGCCACGUAAAGCAGUCCGGAUUCUGCUUAAUAAGAAGACAGCACAUUCAUUUGAACAGGUUCUUACUGAUAUAACUGAUGCCAUCAAGCUGGAUUCGGGAGUGGUUAAACGCCUGUACACACUGGAUGGAAAACAAGUGAUGUGCCUUCAGGAUUUCUUUGGUGAUGACGAUAUUUUUAUUGCAUGUGGACCAGAAAAGUUCCGUUACCAGGAUGAUUUCUUGCUAGAUGAAAGUGAAUGUCGGGUAGUGAAAUCUACUUCCUAUACCAAAAUAGCUUCAACAUCACGUAGGAGCACCACGAAGAGCCCAGGUCCAUCUAGACGCAGCAAGUCUCCUGCCUCUACCAGCUCAGUUAAUGGAACCCCUGGUAGCCAGCUUUCUACUCCCCGCUCUGGGAAGUCUCCAAGCCCAUCUCCUACCAGCCCGGGAAGCCUUCGAAAACAGAGGGACCUGUAUCGCCCACUCUCUUCGGAUGAUUUGGAUUCAGUAGGAGACUCAGUGUAAAAGAGAAAAUGGAACAGUGUUUAUGGUUUGUUAUUUGGUGAAGGUUUAACAUUUCUUAUGAGAUUAGCUGCUAAUUUACAGUAACAGUGAAUUGCACAAAAGAGUUUUGCAUAUUUAAUAUUAAAGUCAUAAAGUCAAAUAUAUACAAAUUUAUGGAGGUAUUUGUGGUUUUACCACUUCUUUUUGAUGCAAGCUUUAGGGUGCUUGACUCAGAAAUGAAAACUAAGCAUUUGUGCAUACAUUAUGGGAUAAUGAUUGGGUUAAGUAAAUCUAACGAAGAAAUCAAUUGUAGGCACAGAAGAGCACUCCUAUUAUCUUCUGAAAUAGUGAUCAUAUGGUCACAGUUUUUAAUAUAGUCCUCUUUAUUUGCUAUGGUAUGGACAUGAACAUUUUUUGCUCUGUUAAUAAAUAGCUCAACUUGUGUGACAGAACACAACUGUGACAUCAGACAUUCUCCACCACCCUGCCCCUCCGUAAUACAAGUAUUUACGCUUAUUCAAUAACAUGAUUUCCGAUGAGUUCUUAAUCUAAAGAAAGAAAAUUGAGAAACCAUAUAUGGUUGCUAACUAAAAAGAAAUGCUUUCAAAGAACUGUUAAAAGUAUCUUCACUGUACUACAAUUUGAUCACUGUAUGAAAAAUGACAUUUCACAGGCAGCAUGAAUAUGAUAUUGUACCAUGUCAGAGCUGUUAUAUUAAUCACUCUUGUAUUGCGUAGGAAAGUAAAUAUUAAGAAAAAAUCUAUUUAGUUGGAAAAUACAUACAGUAUACUGUUUGCCAGCAGGUCUAACAUACACAUAAUGACACCUUUUUUUUGCAAACACAUAUUUUGCUUAUAAAGUGAGUAUUUUUCACUUGUGUUAAAGAUAAGAAAAUCUUUCUCAGACUCUGACAUAAAGUAUGUUUUGUAUUUUUUCCAAACAGGCCAUUUGAAAAGUGAAAACCUUUAAAAAAAAUGGUGGUAUUAUGAAUCAACCUCUUAAGGUCUGAAUUUUUCUGAGUUCCUUUACUUUCUAUAUCAUGGACAUUUUGUACAACAUUAAUAUGCAAAACUCUUUUAGUGUUAAAGUAGAUCUUGCAUUAUAACCAGUUGCUUAACACACACCUACUAAUUUUGUUUGUUUUCUGCUGCUUUAUUGUGAGAAUAUGAGCUAACUAAUAUAAUUUACAUAGUUAUGGUCUUUCCAGUUAUAUCUUAAAUCUUUAUUUAAUAUUUAUUCUUUAUAUUUAAGGCAUAGUGGUCAUAUAUUUUUAGUAGUUCAUUUACUUCUAGUAUAUCAAAUACUUAUGAUUUAAGACUUAGGAAUCUGGCAACAAUGGUUGUGACACUCUCUUUUUAAAGAAAAAAUCUACACAGGUGGUAUUUUUGAGGUAACUGGUAACAUCCCAAUACAGCAUCUUAAAAAAUCAGGAAAAUUUGCUUAAAUACCCAGAGGAUUGUUAACUACUAUAUAGCAACUUUUAAAUGUAAUAUUUUACAUUUAUGCUAAUUUGUCCUUAAUAAAAUCAUGCAACUGGAAAAUGUUGACGCGGUGCUAUAGCUUGCAGUCUACUACAUUACCAUUCUGUUUACAGAGAGUAUUGAAGACAAAACAUUGAAAGGGCAGCAGAACACAACACUUACCCUUCUAUAUAUUCACUCUCUGGUUGUAGUAUCAUUUGGGGAGAAAGACACUGAUCUGGCAGGCUUGGGAAGCAAUUGGGUUAAUCCAUUUUGAACACAUGAUUCACCAUACCUGCUUCAGAGUUCAGGUUUAAAAUGAUUUCCAACAGAAAUUGAGAGGCUUCUGCCAAGAUCAAAAGGUGCCCUGUUUUACUUAAAAGACUCAACAAUUGCGAAGUUAUUUGCGCUUGUGCCUGUUGUUGAUAUUUCUUUGUAAAACGAAUUACUUAGUCCAGUAGAGUCCAUAAUAGGUGACAGUGGGUUGGUGGGUUGGUACCAGUUGCCAAAAAUUCAGAGAAAGCAAUGGAAGAGAAACAAAAUAGCUACUGGCUCUAUGGGAUUGGUUUUCUCUGCAAAGAAAAAAAAUUCCCAGAAUUUUAACUUGCCUGCCCUCUGUCUUAUGGAGUACUACUUGCGCAGAGCAGUCCAUUAAGUAUUAUUCAUUCUGCACAAACAGUAGAUAUUGCCAGUGAAUCUGAAUUCCAUGGCUUUGGUAGCUGUGGAGGGGGAACAUGGACUUUGGGACUAACAGUUCACAGAUAUCAUUGCCAAUUUUCCUUCCAGGUUGUUUCAAAGGAUAUGCUAGUCCCGAACAUUUAAUCAUUUAAACAUACAAUUCUUUUAAAAGAGUUAUUCAAGGGACAGUGUAUAUCAUCUACUUUAGGAAUGGAAGUCCCUUAAAGUUUGAAAAAACAUGCUGUUUAUAAGUGUUAAGAUUCCCUUUUAAGUGGAGUGUAAUUCCAUUAUACAUGAGCAGAAAUUAAAUGUUUCUUUGGACCAAGACCAUAAGGUUACAGUUUAUUGGUGAACUGAAAAUGUGUUAACUUGGUAUUGUAGCUUUGCUUGCAAAUAGUACAACUUUUAUUUUGUCGUCUGGCUUUGUCGCUGUUAUUAAAUAGCAGAAUAGCUUAAGAAUCUUUGUAUUAUUUGAACUUUGUAUAGUUCCUCUCCUUAUAUUGCAUGACAUGUUCCUACUAUAAGUAAUUUACCAUGUGGUUGAAAGUCAUGUGUAGAUUGUGAAUGCUUUGCUUCCCCUUCAGCCUUGUGGUUAGUCAUGAAUAUUUUCCUAAUGCUUUCUGCAACUUUUUUUUUUUAAAGCAACAAACAGUUCAAAUAUGAAGCACAGUAUAGAAAAGGGCCAAAUGGUUUAGAACCCAUGGACAAUUACAUCAAGUUUGUGGCUUCUUUAAAUAAAUGUAUGAAAAAAUGUGUUGGUCUUUUUGAUAUGUUAAGGGGAGAUGUUCACCUGGUGCAAAUUUUCAUCGCUCCAUUAAAUUCAGUGGACCUACGAUAACUUACAAUAGGUGAACAUCUCCCCUGAGGAACUGUAUACACUUUUAAAAGCUCUCAUGUAUACCUAAUGAUGGGUCUGGUUCAGCUCUCUUUUAAAUUAGUGGCAAAAACAUCACUGACUUUAGUGGAUGCAGGAUUGGUUCUUUAUAUACAGCUGUGUAUAUGUAUGGAGGUUGAUCAAGCAUGGUAAUGUUAAGAAUGGUAAUAUUUUGACUUAUUUGACCUUUUGCCCCAUCAUGAAGCAUGCUGUCCUGCGUUGUAAUUAAAUCAUAUUGUGUUGUAAUAUUGUUAAAAUUAAAUCAGGAAGCUGUAGUGAACUAACAGCAUCAUAGUGUGGAAAAUUGAUUUGCAGAACCAUAAAACAAUUCAGGAAGAGUAAAUUUUAUUUAUUUGUUUUUAGCCUUUUCCACCUUUUUUUGUUAUGAUAUAUAUGGCUGUAAAAAUGUAUACAGGUAUAUGGGGAUAUUUAUAUAAAUAUGCAUAUGUCAUUGUGUAUACAUGUAUACAUAUAGCUUAUAAGAAAGUCUUUGUAAUGUUCUACAGCCUUAAAGUGCAUAUGGCUUGAGAUUAUUGGUGUGCUUAAAAAUUUGAAAUAAAUAAAUUGCUUGUUUUUACAACUUUAUAAUUUACACUACAAUGUGAACUUUAUACAGCAAAGUAUGUUGUUACAGAAGAUGUCAUCCAACUCUAAAUAUUAAAAUUGACAGUUUCAAAAAAAAAUUCUUUAAAUGGUACCCAAAUUUACUAUUUCAUCCAAAAAUAAAAUAAAAUAAAAACACAGAGGUUAAAUUUACCUCUGCACUUGUUGAAAACAAAUAUGAAUGUUUACUGUGCUUUAUUUUAGUAUACAAUUAUUAUGCAAGCAAAUACAUAGAUUGUAAAUAAUCUAAUGUUGGGGUUUUUUUGCUUGUCAAUGGCAAGAAGAGAGAUUCUCACCAGAAUGUUCAAUAAAAAUACAACCUUAUGUCACAGUUAGAAAUAGCUUUACAUGUAGAUACAGAUAUACAAAUGGUUGUUUUAAGACCAUUCAAAAUGUAUUUCAGGCCUCACAGUGAUAACAGCAGAUCCCUGCACUCUGAACAGGGGAUAUUCAUAGCUAUACUUUUUCAGUAAUACUUGUUGAAUGGCCUACUCUGCCUAUUUAUCCUCUGUACAUGAUUUGUUAGAGUUAUUAAGUGACCAUAGCUCCCAUUUUAAAUCAUUGUGUGUGGUGGGUGGGGAGGGUGAGAGUGUGGGUAGAUGUAUGUGUGUGUGGGUGUGUAUACACACUUUUAUCUAAAAGCAAUAUGUGUGUGUGUGUGUGUGUGUGUGUGUGUGUGUGUGUAUAUAUAUAUUGCUUUUAGAUAAAAGUGUGUAUACACAGUGUGCCCAUCCAUAUUUGUAUGCAUUUUAAUAUCUGUAUUUGUGCAUCUUGAUUAUAUUCAUGUUUCAAUCACCUUCAGCAGUAAAAUAUGAAAAAAGUACUGUAUUCAUAUACAUAUCCAUUGUCUGAUGUGUUGAAAUGUAGAGGUAAUUAGUUGUGGUUUUCCCUGAAUACACAGUAUUGAGUUUAAACUCUCUAGUGAAAGAUGAACAAACACCAUUUCUGCUAAGGCCUCUUGUAAGUUUAAGAUUUUAACAAAGAGCUCCAUAUAGCCUUUUUUCCAAGAAAAGUACUUGGAUAUUUUCUUCUCAAAUAUUGCAUUUUUGUAUUAAUGUGUUCCAGGAAACCAAAACAACCCCAUAGUGAUUUAUCAGCAAAACUCGUGAAACUUACAAAAAUAAGUGCUGAUUAUUUGAAAUAAAACAAUAAGCUAAAGAAAAUCACUUCCAUUUCUGCCAUUGUUACAUUAUACUGUGUUGUACUUGUGUUUCAUAUUUGACCGUGUCAUACUGGUUGCAGUUUGUUGUAUUGCUAGACUUAACAUUAUCAUAAAAUAUUGUAAGUCAUGUAAUAAAUAAAUGGAAAACCCCCAUACGUGAUGUUCAGUGAGUUUAUUUUGAAAAUGUGAAAUCCAUACAUAUUGGUUGAGGAUUGUUCAUCUAAUAGUUCAAUAUAAUGUAAGCAUGUGGGAUUCAUAGAUCCUAAUAGGUUGCUCUAACUAGUGGAUGCAUUUCAGUAGCUUUUAAAAUUUAAAUUCUGGGCUCUAGUGUAUAGAGGUAAAGGGUCCUGUAAGGAAGAAUUUUGUUUCUAAUAGGUCCUUUGGAGACAGUAAAUUUACCUACCUAGAACUACUUAUGGGUGAAUUUGUGAGUGUGUGACAGGGGAUAGAUUUGAAGUAUGAAGUGAGAAAUUAGUGUGCUGUAUCCUAAGCAGUGUACCAGGUUCUGCUGUCAACUGAGCUUUAGCAGCACUCUUCCUAAGUCACCUAAUUAUUAGAAAAAUGUGUCUGCAAAGAAUGUUGAACUGUACUUGCUGUAUUUUAAAAUAAAUACCUUGU